CGUUGGUCUCAAGAGCUCGACUGAAGCCAUCCUUCGGCUCCAAAUUCCAAUUAACAGUUCGAGUUAAAGUAUUUGACGAAACGAGCUGGUUCGGUAUGACCUCAUUGGGAUGGGAACCUGGAACUUAGGCCUUGUGAUUUUUAAACGCCCAGUGCGAUUGGAUGCCUUGUCCAUCUACUCGACCCAAGUUAUGAGGGCCGCGGGGCACCCUCCCCAACGCUCUCAAUGCCUAUUCUUGCUCUGUGGGGUACUCUGCACCACUUUGUCCCUGUCUUUACUCUGGUUCGCGCUUUGAUUAUGGGUCGUCCUCGGAGAGUCGGUUAGUUUCAGUUUCAUGUCAG